GACCAGGCAGACAAAAGUUUGGGAGAGAAGUUCGGUCUGAGGCGAGCGUGAGAGCGAGGGGGGCGGGGGCCGAGGGCAGCGGGGCGGUCUGGCGAGUCAACUCGUGAACAGAUAGACCUGCGGACGGGACAGCUGCGGCUGCAGGCCCUUCUAGCCCCGCUUAACCCCAGAUGCGCGGGGGGACGCAGCCCCUCCCGCUGGGGGAUGCUGCGGGAUUCUUGGCGCCGGGCAUCCGGGCCGCCCGCUAAGCCCCUGUGCCUACCCCGUGCCCCCGGGGAACCGGAGUCCAGCCGCAGGGAAGGAGAAGCGGCCGCUGAGAGGCUGCCGGGUGCCGGGCGGGGAGGGGGCUGGAGGCCGCAGGCCCGAGGGCAUGGAGCGGUUAGGGGAGAAAGCCAGUCGUCUGCUGGAGAAGCUCGGCCGCAGAAAGGGUGAAUCUAGCCGGUCUGGGUCCGAUGGGACCCCCGGUCCGGGCAAGGGGCGCCUGAGUGGGUUGGGGGGACCUAGAAAAUCAGGGGCCCGAGGAGCGACCGGGGGACCCGGGGAUGAGCCAUUGGAGCCGGCCCGGGAGCAGGGUCCCCUGGACACUGAGCGGAAUCCGCGCGGCUCCUUUGAGGCGCAGCGCUACGAAGGCUCCUUUCCUGGGGGGGCGCCGCCCACCCGGGCCUUGCCUCUACCUCAGUCAUUGCCCCCCGAUUUUCGGCUGGAGACAACAGCACCAGCCCUAAGUCCCCGCUCCAGCUUCGCCAGUAGCUCAGCCAGCGACGCGAGCAAGCCGUCCAGCCCCCGGGGCAGCCUGCUGCUGGACGGGGCAGGGGCUGGCGGAGCCGGAGGCAGCCGGCCCUGCAGCAAUCGUACCAGCGGCAUCAGCAUGGGCUACGACCAGCGCCACGGGAGCCCCUUGCCCGCGGGGCCGUGUCUGUUUGGCCCACCCCUGGCCGGGGUACCGGCAGGCUAUUCCCCCGGAGGGGUCCCGUCCGCCUACCCGGAGCUCCAUGCCGCCCUGGACCGACUGUGCGCUCAUCGGCCCGCGGGCUUCGGCUGUCAGGAAAGCCGCCACUCAUAUCCCCCAGCCCUGGGCAGCCCCGGAGCUCUAGCCGGGGCCGCGGUGGGAGCGGCCGGGCCUUUGGAGAGACGGGGGGCGCAACCCGGACGACACUCGGUGACCGGCUACGGGGACUGCGCCGCGGGCGCCCGAUACCAGGAUGAGCUAACAGCAUUACUGCGCCUGACGGUGGGCACCGGUGGGCGAGACGCCGGCGCCCGCGGGGAACCCUCGGGGACUGAGCCGUCAGGUCUCGAGGAGCCGCCAGGUCCUUUCGUUCCAGAGGCUGCCCGGGCCCGGAUUCGGGAGCCAGAGGCCAGAGAGGACUACUUCGGCACCUGUAUCAAGUGCAACAAAGGCAUCUAUGGGCAGAGCAACGCCUGCCAGGCCCUGGACAGCCUCUACCACACCCAGUGCUUUGUGUGCUGCUCCUGUGGGCGAACUUUGCGUUGCAAAGCUUUCUACAGUGUCAAUGGCUCUGUGUACUGUGAGGAAGAUUAUCUGUUUUCAGGGUUUCAGGAGGCAGCUGAGAAAUGCUGUGUCUGUGGUCACUUGAUUUUGGAGAAGAUCCUACAGGCGAUGGGGAAGUCCUAUCACCCAGGCUGCUUCCGAUGCAUUGUUUGCAACAAGUGCCUGGAUGGCAUCCCCUUCACAGUGGACUUCUCCAACCAAGUGUACUGUGUCACCGACUACCACAAAAAUUAUGCCCCUAAGUGUGCGGCCUGUGGCCAACCCAUCCUCCCCUCAGAGGGCUGUGAGGACAUUGUGAGGGUGAUAUCUAUGGACAGGGAUUACCACUUUGAGUGCUACCACUGCGAGGACUGCCGGAUGCAGCUGAGUGAUGAGGAAGGCUGCUGCUGUUUCCCUCUGGAUGGGCACUUGCUCUGCCACGGCUGCCACAUGCAGCGGCUCAAUGCCCGACAGCCUCCUGCCAACUAUAUCUGAGCUGCAUUCACAGCUGCUGCCAUCACAACAUUGACAAACUCCUCUGGCAAGUGGGCCCUCAGGCCAGCAGAGGCAAGGAAUGCACUCUACAGGCCUGGCAGAAGAGUUCUUUGGGGAGGGCCCCAAGGGCCAGAGACCCAAAGAUCAUGACAUUCCAAAUGGAUUGUGGAGGAGGAAGCUUCUAAUUGCCAGUGUGGGGUGACUGGAGUUCUUUCUGUGUAUGCAGCCUGUGCUCAGGCACAUACAGGCCUGUUCUAAUACUUUCUGAUCAUCUGAUUCUGGUCUAUAUCUUCAGUAUAUGUUUGUGCUUAAGUUAAGCAAUGAUUUAUUUGGAUUACAGGAGGAGAGGACCUCCCUUUAGGUGAGCUAGUUUCGACCAAACUGACAAGAACUAAAAGUGUUUUGCUCUCUCCAGCUCCCCAAAAUCCUAGAGUUUGGGGGUUUUGGUUGAUGUAAUCUGAGAUCCCUCUGAGAGGUAGCAGGUCUGGAGUGGUGAGUUACUGCUAUGGAACCAACUGUAAGAGUGAUUCAAGAAGAAGAAAGAAGUAAGAGAGGGAGAGAGCACGCACGCGUCCUGUGUGUGUGUGUGUGUGUGUGUGUGUGUGUGUGUGUGUGUGUGUGUGUGUGUGUGUGUAUGUGUGUGUGAAUGCACCUGUGUGCAUACACUGGGCUGUAGGGCUCAAUGCACCUAAACUUGGGAGUGUGGCUAGCCUGAAGUUUCCUAGACAUCUCACCCAAUAAGUUCCAUAUCCACAGAGACCCACUCAUUACCUCCCCCAGCUGAGAACAGCAACCAAAUAUAGGCACUCGCCGAACCCCUAGGUCCAUGUGAGUCCCUGACAAACAGGCAGUACAGGCAGCAGGCUCACCCAGAGCUGGUCCCCAUUCCCAGCAGAGAGAUGAGGAAUUCUCCUAGUCCUUAGAAGAAAGCCAAGAAAUAGCUUAUUAAGAAUGUCCAGAGUUUCUACCUCUUUAUCUAGAUACAGAGGUAGAAUACUAUGGUAAGUACCUGGCUGACCCCAUAUCUGACACCAUGUGUAGGGCACAAAAGCAUGAGGAGCUUACACUUGGUUCCCCAGCUAUAGCUCACUCCAGACCUGCUACUUCUCAGAGGGAUCCCAGAUUACAUCAACCACAACUACAAAAUUCUGGGGUUUGGGGAGCUGGAGGGAGCAGAACACUUUGAUUUAGUUCUAGUCCGUUUGGCCAAAACUAGUUCACCUAAAGCUAGAUCUCUUAAAACCAAUUCACAGAAAACUUGUUUACUUAAAGUUCAGUUCACUUAAUGACCAAUUUGCCAAAAGCUCAAUUACCUUUUCGGUGUUUUAUAUCCAUGUAGGUGUCUUAUUCUUUUUUGUUGUGCUUCGGGUAUUUCAAAGAUUUCUAUCUGUUCACCCAAGAGUACUUCUGAAUUAUUAUCAACAACAUAAAUUUAUCAAAUUUGCAGCACUUUGCAAAUGAUGAGAUUGCUUCCUGCCUUUAUGGAUGUCUUUUUCUAUGUUCUCUACUUUUCAAACACUUUUUAAAAAAAGUUUAAAGUUUCUAGCAAUAAAUACAAUUGGUACAGACA